AUGCAGAUCUUCCACGUGCUGGACCAGAAGCAACGUGGCUUUGUGAGCAAAGUGGAGCUGUCUCACAUCCUCGAUGCCAUGCAGGUUGCUGCACCGCGUGAGCGGGUACGCGGUUCUGCCGCUCAUGUUGGAUUCAAGGUCAAACAUCCGGAAGUAGGAGAGGAGAGAACCAAGACAAAGACCCAGCUUGGAGACACAAGCAGGCUUGACCCAGGCCCAUACAGCUUCACCAGGCUUGACCCAUGCAUCAACCGCCGAGGGCUGUCGCCUCGGAAGAUCCAGCGAGACUGCCGGGUGAACCUGCUGGGGAGCCGAGAUGGAGAGAAGAGACGUGGAUGGAGGGAUGAAGUGGUUGAAACAGAAAGGGCUGAGCGUGACGGAUUUGGAGGACGUGAAGUGGUUCGCGGAAAGCGUGGUGCGGUGGCCGAAAGCAGUGGGAGGGACGCAGUGACGGAGCGCGAACCAAGCCGCCGUUCUUUGUGGUCUCCGGUUUUUCCACCUGUUGGCGCGAUGAAACCGAGCUGCGAGCUGCGAACCGAGCCGAAGACCACGAGCCGCUGCGAAGCGAGCCGAUGCGAACGGGAGGUGAAGGUGGAGACCGAGCUGCGGGAUCUUUGGGCCGACGCCUUGAGGCGUUGGAGGGACGACUUGUUGCUGCUCCAGUCCCGAGAUCUUCAUCGAUACUUGUGCGGCGCCCGAGUUCCGGAUGGACGAUGGGGUCGAUUCUCGGACCAGUCCGGGCACGUUCACCUCCCAACCGCCACGGGUGCGGACGCCAAGCGCCACCGUUCGGACACCAGCAGGGUCCAACCAGGUUCAGAGGGUCAGGUGAAGAAGCAUGAGGUGGCCCGUUGGCUGCGGCUGCGUGAUCAGACUCCGGGCCUGGGCUUCACGCAGCACGAAGUGGAGACUCUCUUUGCGGUUUGGACACCCAGCGCCGGCUUUUUUGAGGCGGCGAAAGCAGACCACGCGUGGAGGAGGCAGACCGAGCCCAUGGGCUUGAGGGAUGUGGCACAGGAGAUGCUCCAGGCGAUGAGCAUCGCCAGGCUGCAGGUGAACCUCAUCCACUACAACGUGGUGCUAAGCGCCUUCGGCCCCGUUCCGCAGUGGGCGUCGGCGGUGAGCGUGUUGGGCCGCCUCAGAGCCUGCGGUUUGCUGCCCGAUGCCUUCAGCUUCACCCACCUCUGCAGUGCCUGCAACAGCUGGCCCAAAGCCCUGGGCCUCCUAAGUCAGCUGCCUGCGUCGAACACCAUCUGCUUCAACGGCUUGAUCCGUGUGGUAGAUCGAGACUGGCCGUUGGCCAUGGAGAUCCUGCAGGUGAUGUCUCAUCGCAGGUUGAAGCCUGAGAGUUGGACUGCAAGCUCUUGUGCCGCCGCAUGUAAGGAGAAGUGGCGGAUGGCCUUGCAGUUGCUGGAAGUGGAUGGAGGUGAUGUCGUUGUCAACACGGUGGUGUCAGCCUGCGAGCAGGCGAAGAGCUGGCGGAGGAGCCUGCAAGUGCUGCUGGGUGGAGCUGUCCGAAGGCUCUCUGCAAGUGUGUUGCGCCACUCAGCGGCUGUUGCGGCCAUCGACUGGGCCAUGGGCUUGCAGCUGUGGGAGGAGAUGCGGAAGCUGUUGCUGUGGCCCAAUGAGAUCACCUGCAGCUCUGCCUUGACCGCCUGUGGGAGAAGCGUCACCUGGCGAGCGGCGGCCUCGCUGCUGGUUCGACCAAAUGCCAUUUGCAGACGCAUGGCCACCGUUGCCUUUGAGCAGGCUUCUCAGUGGGCCGAUGCUUGUGUUCUGGGAUCGGAGGCGGCCAGUCGUCCAGUGGCCAUCGUGGCACUGGGCUCCUCCUCGCGCUGGCGCCACGCCUUGCAGUUCCGAAGUGCCUCCUCUCGAGGCAUUGGUCCCAGCGAAGAGGCUGCGGCGCUCCUCGGCGGUUUGGCCACGGCCGGAGCUUGGGAGAUGGCGCUCCAGGAUGCCUGGUGGAAGGAUGUGUCGCCACCAGCUUUGCACUCGAUUCUGCGGGCCAUCGCUAAGGCUCGACGUUGGCCACUGGCCUUCCGGCUGCUGCGCCACCUGCAACUGCUGCGCACACGUCCCAGCGGUGGCGUUGCAUACAGCAUUGUACUGGAUUCUUGCGACACAGCUGGCGCUUGGAACACUGCUUUGCACCAGCUGGAUGCGCCAGUUGUGCUGGCUGCUAUGCCUGCGCCGGUCGGCAGCUGCCCAGGGGCAGGUGCGGCAGUGUCGGCCUGCCAAAGGGAAGCACAGUGGCGCUGGGCAUUGAGACUGCUGCCUGAGCCUGCGGAGCCUGCGGAUGAGAUGAGUUUUGUGUCUGCGAUGAAUGCGAUUCCUGCAUGGACUCGUGCCAUUUGGCUGUUGUGCAGUUCGCCACUGGCAAGGAUCCAGCCGCAUGAACGGCUCCAGAACAGCGCAGUGGCCAGCGCCGCGGCCGGGAGUGCAUGGCAGCUGGCGAUGCAUGUGCGGCCACGCGUGGGGGGUGCGGCAGAGCUGGAGGUUUUAGCGGCCUGUGAAAGGAGAGAUCUGUGGACAUCAGUCACCAUUGGCGUCCAGGCAGUGCAGGACGUGGCCCUUCUGGGCCUGCAGGGCGUCAGCGACAAAAAGGUCGACUCGGUCAGAGUGGCGCGCAUGUGA